AUGCCUGAGCCACUGAAAAACUCUACUCCGGCCGGCUCUCCUGAGCCCUCAUCCGUUCAAGAUAUUCCACCUGCCGUGCAAGCCAUCUCGAACUUACGUUGUCCAUCUCCUCCACCAAUCUUGGCCAAGCCAAGGCCACUGCAAUCUCUGCUUGUCUCCUCUAACGCGACGUCUCCAACAACACCUGGCACGGCGAAAAUGGAGCAGUUACCAAAGCCUCAUGUGGCGCUUGACGUGAAGAAUCACACUGUAGAUGUAGUGAAGCCUUCAUUUGAGCUCCCCGUUUCAAGUACUCCUCAGACUCUUGAUUCAUCGUUAUACAGUGUCCACACCAGUGAGGCUGAGCUGACGGCUUCGCUAGAUUACACAAAGAACCCACCUGAUCAGAGCGUACACCACAAGGCACCCUCUGUGCAUGCGCAUUUCAAUGACAACGAGUCUGUAAAGCCAGUCAAGCCAGUCAACCGCUCAAGAAGUGGCUCUACGACUGGUCCUGCUGGCGAGUAUCCGCCUAGUUUUCAACGGAAGGAGGAGCGUUUGUCUCUGCCAGUCACGCCAGAACAAGGAAACAUUGAUCCACGUUUACCUCAAGAUGACGGCAAGAUCCAUGUUUUAUUCGGAGUAUGUGGUGCAUUGUCAACUCUGAAGAUCAAGCUUAUUAUCAACAAAUUGUUUGAAAUCUACACUGCAGACAAAAUAGCCAUUCAGCUCUUGCUUACUAAAGCCUCUGAGAACUUUAUUUCCCACGAGGCUUUGCAAUUGCUAGAGAAUAAUAAGAAGGUCAGAGUUUGGAGAGACGCCGAUGAGUGGCUCACUUGGAACACCAGAUCUGACCCGGUGCUCCAUAUUGAGUUGCGUCGUUGGGCUGAUGUUUUGGUAGUCUGUCCUCUCACGGCAAAUACCUUGGCCAAGAUAUCCCUAGGUCUCUGUGAUAAUCUCCUCACUAAUGUUAUUCGUGCUUGGAACACUGCAUACCCUAUUCUCUUAGCUCCAGCAAUGGUCAGUAAUGCUUACAACUCCGCAGCUACCAAAAGACAAUUAAGACUCAUUUCGGAGGAAAUGCCAUGGAUUGAGAUCUUAAAACCUGUGGAGAAAGUAGUUGGCUCUUAUGGUGAUAUUGGUAUGGGUGGAAUGAUGGAUUGGAAUGAAAUUGUUAACAAGAUCGUCAUGAAAUGUGGUGGUUAUCCCGAUAUUGAUGAUGAGGAAGACGAUGAUUCCAAGGUUAACGAGAAUGACAAUGCCAUCGCGGAUGAUGAUGACGAUGAUAACAUCAAUGAUGACGACGAUGACGACGAUGACGACGAUGAUGAUGACGAUGACGAUGACGAUGAGGAGGAUGAUGACGAUGAUGAUGACGACGAGGAGGAAGACGUGGCGAAAGGCACUAAUGACUCUUCAAAGGAUUUACACAAGGACGCUAAAGGCCCGGACGAAGUUGCGCGGGUAAAGAAGGAGGUCCUUAAGGCUGCGAAAGAGGUCGAAUCUCUCCAAAUUGAGAAGUAA